AUGUCUUUCUUUAACUUUCGUAAAAUCUUUAAGCUCGGUGGCGAGAAGAAAAAGAAACAAUAUGAGCACGUCAAGAGAGACUUGAAUCCGGAGGAGUUCUGGGAGAUUAUAGGAGAGCUGGGAGAUGGUGCUUUUGGUAAAGUGUUCAAGGCUCAGAACAAAGAAACCAAAGUCCUUGCUGCAGCAAAGGUGAUUGAUACUAAAUCCGAGGAAGAACUAGAAGAUUACAUGGUUGAGAUUGAUAUUCUGGCAUCCUGCGAUCAUCCAAAUAUUGUCAAGCUUCUAGAUGCUUUCUACUAUGAAAACAAUCUUUGGAUCCUGAUUGAAUUUUGUGCAGGUGGAGCAGUAGACGCAGUAAUGUUGGAGCUUGAGAGGCCAUUAACAGAGCCACAGAUUAAAGUAGUUUGCAAGCAGACUUUGGAGGCACUGAACUAUUUGCAUGAAAAUAAGAUCAUUCACAGAGAUCUAAAAGCUGGCAAUAUUCUUUUUACAUUAGAUGGAGACAUUAAACUGGCGGAUUUUGGCGUAUCUGCUAAAAACACAAGGACAAUACAGAGAAGAGAUUCUUUCAUUGGUACACCUUACUGGAUGGCUCCUGAAGUGGUAAUGUGUGAGACAUCUAAAGACAGGCCUUAUGAUUAUAAGGCUGAUGUGUGGUCACUGGGCAUCACUUUAAUAGAAAUGGCUCAAGUAGAACCACCUCAUCACGAGCUAAAUCCUAUGCGUGUGCUGCUGAAAAUAGCAAAAUCUGACCCACCUACAUUGGCACAGCCUUCAAAAUGGUCUUCAGAUUUUAAAGAUUUUCUAAGGAAAUGUUUGGAAAAGAAUGUAGAUGCCAGAUGGAAUACUGCUCAACUUCUUCAGCAUCCGUUUGUUACUGUCACUUCUAAUAAACCAGUCAGAGAGUUAAUUGCAGAGGCAAAGGCUGAAGUAACAGAAGAAGUUGAAGAUGGUAAAGAUGAAGAUGAAGAGGAGGAAACAGAAAAUUCUCUGCAGUUACCAACUAACAAGCGUGCCUCCUCCGACCUUAGUAUUGCCAGCUCUGAAGAAGAUAAACUUUCACAGAAUGCCUCUAUUCUGGAAUCUGUUUCUGAGAAAACAGAACAUAAUGCUGCUGAGGAGAAUAUCAGUAUAUUUCCAGAUGAUAAAACAACUGCUAGUGAACCCAAGACAAUUAAAGAUGUGGAAAUUAUUGACAGUGUGUCUGAUACCACUCCUGGAGAUAUUGUAAAGGUGCAGAUUGGGUCAGUAUUAGUUGAGGAAGAUGAGCCAGAGAAAAGAUUAGGAGUUGAAAAGAAUACUGGAAAAGCAGAAGUAGUAAAUGAAGACACUGGAUCACAGACAGAAAGAAAAGAAGUUGAUACAGUGACAUUAGAAACAAAUGAUAAACACAGUCUGAAAACAGAGGAAAGUAGUACCAUAGAAAAUGAAGAGACAGAUGAAAAUAAACUGAAAAUAGCACCUGAAAUUGAAGAUGCCGGUGCUCAAACUACAGAAAUGAUAUCUAAAGAGACUGGAGAGAAAGAGGAGAAAGAAAGCAGAACAGAUAGCCAGGAAAAUAAGAAUGAAGAAACGACGAUAGAAAAAAUUACAGAGCAAAAAGAUGAUGGUAAAUCUGAAGAAGUUCAGAAAGAUGAGAUGACAGGCAUCACUAAUGAAACUCUGGUUAAAAGUGCAGAGAAAAUGGCUGACACAGAGCAGGAGCCAAUAAAAAAUGGAGCUGACAAUGCUCGAGAGACAGGCAGCACUAGUGAAAGACAGAUCAGUAAUGGAGAUAAAAUAUCUGAGACAGUCCAGAAGCUAAUGGAAAGUAGAACUGAGCAUGUUCAUGAGACAGGCAGCUCUGAAGAAACUCAGAUUAAAAGUGUAGAUAAAGUGACUGAUACAGAUCAGAAAUUAGUAGAAAGUGAAAAUAAAGAUGUUCAUAAGACAAGCAGCACAGAGGAAACUGAGGUCAAGGAUUCAGGAAAAGUGGGUGAUAUAGACCAGAAGCCAAUACAGAUCAAGACUGAGAAUAUUCAUGAGACAAAUAGCACUGAGGAAAUUCAAAUCGAAAGUGUGGGUAAAGUGGUGGAGCCUGACCAAAAUUCAGAAACAAAUGGACCUGAGGAUAACCAGAAGAACAACAUUCAGAUAAAUGCAGAGCAUUCCAAAGUUCCGUGUGAUGCACCACUUAAGAACAAGCUUCAGGAUUCUGCAGUUGAACAACCUAAUGAUUCUGAACUCACUCCAGUACCCAUUAUUAGUGUUAGCGCUGAAGAAAAUGAGGAAAAAGUUAAAAUGGGUAAUCAAGCCAGUGCUGAAACAUUACAGCAGCUAGAACCUGAGACACUAAAGGAAAAUGAUACAGAUUCAGGCACUGGGUCCACAGCUGAUAAUAAUAGCAUUGACUUGAACUUGUCCAUCUCUAGCUUCCUCACUAAAAACAAGGACACUGGAUCAAUAUCUUUACAAGAAACUAGAAGACACAAGAAAACAUUAAAGAAAACUCGCAAAUUUGUUGUUGAUGGAGUAGAAGUGAGUGUGACAACUUCAAAAAUAGUUACAGAAAAUGAUUCAAAAAGUGAAGAAUUAAGAUUUCUUCGACGUCAAGAGCUGCGGGAGCUAAGACUUCUUCAAAAAGAAGAGCAGAGAGCUCAACAGCAGCUCAGUAAUAAACUCCUACAACAAAGAGAACAGAUGUUCAGACGCUUUGAACAGGAAAUGACGAGUAAAAAGCGGCAGUAUGAUCAAGAGAUAGAAAAUCUAGAGAAGCAGCAAAAACAGACAAUAGAACGUUUAGAACAGGAACACACAAAUCGCUUACGAGAUGAAGCAAAACGCAUCAAAGCAGAACAGGAGAAGGAAUUGUCCAAAUUCCAGAACAUGUUGAAAAACAGAAAAAAAGAGGUUUUUAAUGAAGUGGAGAAAGCACCAAAAGAGCUGAGAAAAGAGCUCAUGAAACGCAAGAAAGAGGAGCUUGCACAAACCCAGCAUGCUCAGGGUAUUGCUCAGGUUCUGAUUCAAUCUUUUCAAUUGUCUUCGUGUACACUCUUCAAUGCACAAAUGCAGGAUGAACAAGAAUUUGUGCAGAAGCAGCAACAAGAAUUGGAUGCAUCUCUAAAGAAAAUCAUCCAGCAGCAAAAAACAGAGCUAGCCAAUAUUGAGCGAGACUGCCUGAAUAACAAGCAGCAGCUUAUGAGAGCUCGUGAAGCUGCAAUCUGGGAGCUAGAAGAACGACAUUUACAGGAAAAACACCAGCUUCUCAAACAGCAACUCAAAGAUCAGUACUUCAUGCAGAGACACCAGCUUCUUAAGAGGCAUGAAAAAGAAACAGAACAGAUGCAACGAUAUAAUCAAAGGCUUAUUGAGGAGUUAAAGAACAGGCAAACUCAGGAAAGAGCAAGACUGCCUAAAAUCCAGCGAAGUGAAGCAAAGACUCGAAUGGCUAUGUUUAAGAAAAGUUUAAGAAUUAACUCAUCAGGCACUCCAGAACAGGAUCGUGAGAAGAUUAAACAGUUUGCUACUCAAGAAGAAAAGAGGCAGAAAAAUGAGAGGUUGGCUCAGCAUCAAAAACAUGAAAAUCAAAUGCGGGACCUUCAGUUGCAGUGUGAAGCAAACAUCAGAGAACUGCACCAAUUACAGAAUGAAAAAUGCCAUCUACUGGUUGAACAUGAGACUCAGAAACUAAAAGAGUUAGAUGAAGAGCAUAGCCUAGAACUGAAGGAAUGGAGAGAGAAACUAAGACCAAGAAAAAAGACACUGGAAGAGGAAUUUGCUAGAAAACUUCAAGAACAGGAAGUUUUCUUUAAAAUGACUGGAGAGUCUGAAUGCCUUAACCCUUCAACACAGAGCCGGAUUUCCAAAUUCUAUCCAAUCCCUAGCCUGCACUCCACUGGAUCGUAACUUUAGGAACUUCUGUAGAUCUUCCUAUUUGGAAUUCUCAUAUCUUCAGCUUCUGCCGUGGUAGAAUCUACAAACGACAUCAAAGGACCUCUAUGCUUUUAAGUUUCAGUGGAGACAAUCAACAGUGUCAUUGUCAAGAUUUUUCCUUUUUGUUUCUGACUGGGAGAAAACUAAAUAGAAGAAUAGACAUUUGUCUGUAAUGGUAAUAUGAUGUCGUCCUUCAGAUUUUCAAGAAGAAUUUUUUUUUUUUUAUAAGUCGGUCUCAGAAAAUGUUAUCUACUAUUUUGACAUUAAGUAAAUAAGCUUAAAAUAUUAGCUAUAAUCAUCACAAAAAAGAAACUGUUACACAGAUCAUCAUGUAAACAAUGUAAUAUUACUUCUUUUUUUGACUGUCUGAUUUCUCCACCAUAGAAUUUCACAACUGAAACUGUGCAGUAAAGAGGUUAAAAGUUUUGAGUCACUGAGCAAGUCAUUCGUAACUAGGGCAGAAACUAUUUCUUCAAAACAUACUGUUGAAUUAGAAGGAAAAAAAGUCUUAUGCUAAACAUAUUUAGUUACAGCAUAUGCCUUUAAAAGUUUUUAAAAAAUCCUCUGGCAUCAUAACUAAAGCAACCAAACCUCCAUUACAUGUGUUGCCCAUUAAAAUCCAUGAUGAAAUGGGGUGCUAGUUUCAUUAAUCCAGUGCCUGAAACACUUAAAUAUAUUAUUCUUUGCAAUAGGAUAGUCUUUUAUUGUUAUUAAAAAAAUCUUCUUAGCAUUGAUGUUACUGUAAAAGAAAAAAAAAAAUCUUGCUGCUACUGCCAUUUUUGUCAUAAGUCCUCACCCUAAAAUAUUUUGCACUAAAAUAUGUAAAGGUGAAAAACUGCUAACUUUAAAAUGCACAAGUUAUUUUCCUUACACAUUAGCGGUGUUCACUUCUACAAACUGAAAUAAAAACUGUAGAAUGUAUUUUCAGAACAUAAUGUGUACUUUGCACAUUGUUUCUCUAACAUACUUGUACUGGGUAGGUGGAUCCUUCUCUUCUUACCAAAGUCUGUUCAUUUGAAACUCCAUCAGAGAAGUGGAAGUGACUGGUCAUAUUUAUAAACUAAUUGCCGAAACCUGAUCUGAAUAGAAGUGUUUUGAAAUUUUUGUUUUAGUCAAUUUAUUUCAGGGAAGGAUUUAAGUUGAAUAUGUAGACAAACUACUUUAAAAAUAUGCGUGUGUUUGGGUUGUUGUGUUUUUUUUUUUUUUGCCACAUAGUAAUUAACAUGUUAAGAUUUUUAUUUUUCAGUUUCAGAGGUGUACUGUAGGUUAUUUACUUGACUGAUUUGCAGUGGGAAGAAAAAUCUGAAAUGUUUAUCAUGUAGCUGGUUGGAAUGUAACUGUAUUAAAGAAAAGCGCACUUGUUGAAGGUUUAGAAUUUGAGUCAUAUCAAGACAGUAUUAUAAACUGUACAUUGGUAUGCCAAAGUUAAUUUUGUAAAAUAAUGUUUGCUUUCUGUCAUUUGAGGUGUGAUCUUUCAGUCUCUUUGUAAAAGUUCCUUUAUUUUUGUUUGCUAGCUUGCAUCAAAUAUCUGACUGGUGAACAUAUAAUGUUCAUUUCACGGGAACAGUGUUGACGCAUGUGAAGGAGCUGAUUAUAAAUUAACGUAGAAUUUUAAUUGGGCUUGAUUGAAAUCUUGGAUGCUGAACUUUUAGCAUGUUAAUGCUGGCAGUUUAAAUUGACAGCAUAGUAAAUAUAAUUGAGAAAUGCAUGUUUUGAUUUAAAUUUUGUAACAUUUUUGAUAAGUAUAACUUACUCUGAAAAUUACUUUAUAGCUAGUUUUAAUUUCUGGCAUUUCAUUAUAUAAAUGUGUAUUGUGUACUGGUUGUAAAUUCACAUACCAUAUCAUACUAGAAUGUAAUAUGUUGCUAUAUUGCAAAAUAUGUUGCAAAAUUCUUUAAUAUGUUUAUUCCAAAAUUCUAGGGUGAAAAAUGUCUUUGAAGGCCUUUACUUUUUAUGCUACACCUUUAUAAAAUGACUAGUACUAAAUAUAUUAAAUAGUGUUUAUAUCACUAUAGUGAACAGGACAUCUGUGUGGAAAAACUGUUUUGCAAAAUACAUUGUUAGUGAUUUAUUUUUUGGGAAGGGGUCAGGCAAAUUUUCUCCCUCUAAACUUUGUGUUCAACUCAUUCAAAAUGUUUAAUAACUUCGCAGGCAGAGUAUAUAUUUUCUCCUCACACUAAUAUUUUGGAGGUUUAAAUGGUCGUUUGCUAAUAUAUUUUAUGACGCACUAUAUAUAUAUUGUUCUGCA